AUGGUUGGAGUCAGUAAGCUUGAUAAAAUGAGAAGAGUUGGGGCUAGGGAGGGAGAUGGUGGAUUCAGAAGAAGCCAUGAGGUGGACCUAAAAGAGAGGAUUGGAAUGAAUAAGGGAGAGGGAGGAAGCCCUAGAUUACACAAAGUCUCUAUUUAUACUGAUACAGAAUAUCUACUUAAGUUUAGUGCUUUGAUUCAUAGCCGGGGUCAUAGAGCAUCACUGGUAGAGCUUAUAAAUCAAAAGGAGGUCGUAGGGGAUCUUUUCAACCAACUUCGGCUAGCCUCGCAAAGGCGAACUAAAGGACGCCCUGCUCAAACCCUUGCUGCAACAAACUUGGAUGAUCAAGAACUCUCAGAAAGCAUGCAAAAGCUACUUAUAGUUAUGCAAAGACUGGACCAGAAAAUUGCUCCAAUGCUAGAAGCAGAUGGAGAGCUCUUCAACAAAAGGUGGGGAUUUCUUUCCCGUGCAGGGUUGUGGGAUAAAAGCCAUUUGAUGAGACAAAUUGAGAAGUAUGCCGAUAUAUAUACCUCCAGGGUGUCAAAUUUCUUGCAUUAUACACCUUUCAUGUAUUUCCGCUCACAGGAACAGACGCUUGCUCAUGAUUCGUACUCAUACUACUGUUCAAGGUUUAAUGGGUCUGCCGUGGAUGACGAGGUCGACUUUAUGUUGUAG